AUGCCACCAUCUUCAUCAGUCAAAGGAGCACGAAGCUUUUUGAGACAUACAAGCUUCUAUAGAAGAUUCAUCAAGGAUUUCUCUAAAGUAGCUAAGCCUUUAACUAACUUGCUAAAUCAAGAUGUUCCUUUUGACUUUGAUGAAAGUUGCUUUGUUGCAUUUAACAAGAUAAAUGAAGCAUUAAUUUCUGUACCAAUUAUGCAACUACCUGAUUAUGAGCUGCCAUUUAAGUGCCAAAGAACUGGAAAUAUUUCAAGAAGGAACGAGAUGCCACUGCAUGGUAUACUUGAAGUUGAGUUGUUUGAUGUUUGGGGUAUAAACUUUGUAGGUCCAUUCCCAUCUUUGUUUAGCAAUAAGUACAUCCUCAUUGGUGUAGAGUACGUUAGAGUAGUGGUCAAGUUCCUCAAGAAGUACAUCUUCACAAGAUGUGGCACACUAAGGGCUAUCAUUACUGAUAGGGGAAGUCACUUAUAUAAUCAGCAGUCUGAAACACUAUUGAAGAAAUACGAGGUGACACAGAAAGUGGCAACACCUUAA